AUGUAUGAAGAUCAUAUCUACAUUAAUUUAAUUCGUCAAAAUAAAUGCUUGAAGAGACACAUAGAUGUGUCAAAAAAAAAUGAAUCACAAUUAAAUAAGAAUAUUGAUCAAUUAGUUUUUAAUAAUAAUUUAAAGGAUUCAAAAAUCCAAAAUUAUGAAAAUACAAUCAAGUCAUUAACUGAAGAACUCAUUUUCAAAGACAAUUACAUGAAAAAAUUGAAAAACAAAUUGAUUGAUAAAAGACAUAAUAUCAAUCUUUUCAAACAGGAAAUUCAUUUUUUAAAUUACGACAACUAUAUAUUACAAAAUCAAAUUGAUGAAUUAGUUCAGUAUAGAACUAAACAAACUAAAUUAAUAGGAAUCUUAGAAGUUGAAAUAAAAUCAUUUUACAAUAAAUAUGUAAUUAAAAGUGAAGGAUCUAACAAAGAACAAAAAGAUUUAAUUAAUGUUAUUGAUGAAGAUUCGUUUUUAUUUUGUUCAACUUCAGAUAUUGACCAUUUAAUGGUAGAUGCUACAUCGGAAAAACCUAAUCAAGAUGGUACAUCAGAAGAAGCUGAUAAGGUAACAUCAAAGGAUGAAAACAAAGGUACUUUUGAAGCUUUAAUUACAAUUAACAAUGAUAUCAAUUUUAUGGUAGAUGCUACAUCGGAAAAACCUAAUCAAGAUAGUACAACAGAAGAAGCUGAUAAGGUUUUAACAUCAAAGGAUGAAAACAAAGGUACUUUUGAAGCUUUAAUUUCAAUUAACAAUGAUAUCAAUUUUAUGGUAGAUGCUACAUCGGAAAAACCUUAUCAAGAUGGUACAACAGAAGAAGCUGAUAAGGUUUUAACAACAAAGGAUGAAAACAAAGGUACUUUUGAAGCUUUAAUUACAAUUAACAAUGAUAUCAAUUUUAUGGUAGAUGCUACAUCGGAAAAACCUUAUCAAGAUGGUACAACAGAAGAAGCUGAUAAGGUUUUAACAACAAAGGAUGAAAACAAAGGUACUUUUGAAGCUUUAAUUACAAUUAACAAUGAUAUCAAUUUUAUGGUAGAUGCUACAUCGGAAAAACCUUAUCAAGAUGGUACAACAGAAGAAGCUGAUAAGGUUUUAACAACAAAGGAUGAAAACAAAGGUACUUUUGAAGCUUUAAUUACAAUUAACAAUGAUAUCAAUUUUAUGGUAGAUGCUACAUCGGAAAAACCUUAUCAAGAUGGUACAACAGAAGAAGCUGAUAAGGUUUUAACAACAAAGGAUGAAAACAAAGGUACUUUUGAAGCUUUAAUUACAAUUAACAAUGAUAUCAAUUUUAUGGUAGAUGCUACAUCGGAAAAACCUUAUCAAGAUGGUACAACAGAAGAAGCUGAUAAGGUUUUAACAACAAAGGAUGAAAACAAAGGUACUUUUGAAGCUUUAAUUACAAUUAACAAUGAUAUCAAUUUUAUGGUAGAUGCUACAUCGGAAAAACCUUAUCAAGAUGGUACAACAGAAGAAGCUGAUAAGGUUUUAACAACAAAGGAUGAAAACAAAGGUACUUUUGAAGCUUUAAUUACAACUAAUAAUGAAACCAAGUUUUUGGUAGAUGCUACAUCGGAAAAAGUCAGUCAAAAUGGUACAACAGAAGACAAUGCAACAGCUCCAAAAAGAGAAGGAGAAAAGGAAGCUACUGCCACUGAAGAAGCAAUCUAUCGUACAUUAGAUCCAUAUGCUCAAAAAGACUCAGUAUUGAUAAAGGAUAUCUACAAUAUCUUGGAUGAUUUACUGAAUUUAUACAAAUUUAUAUGCUGGUAUGACAGUAAAUCUGAAGAAUUUUUCUUGUUAAAGUAG